AUGAACAUUAAUCUGUUUAUCUAUGCAUCCCAUCUGUUUAUAUACCUAUGCACCUCUAACAAUGUUCAUAUCUAUAUAUCACAAUUUGUCCCUAUCUAUCUAUCUAUCUAUCUAUCUAUCUAUCUAUCUAUGUCUGUUCAUUAUCUAUCUAUCUAUCUAUCUAUCUAUCUAUCUAUCUAUCUAUCUAUCUCCGCAUCUCUUUUUCUUUCUUUCUUUUUAUCUAUCUCUGAUGCUUCAUUAUAUAUCUUUCGCAAUAUUUAUCUAUCGCAAUAUCUUACGAUCUAUAUCUAUCUAUCUAUCUAUCUAUAUUUGUAUAUAUAUACAGCUAUCUAUUUAUCUAUCUUCGUCUCUUCAUAUCUAUCUAUCGAUCUAUCUAUCGCAAUAUCUUCAUAUCUAUCUAUCUAUCUAUCUAUCUAUUUAUCUAUCUAUCUAGGCCAUUCGCUUCCUAUUUAUCUAACUAGAAAACGUAAUCCUUUCAUAUCUAUCUAUCUAUCUAUCUAUCUAUCGCAAUAUCUUCAUAUCUCUCUAUCAAUCGCAGUCUCUUCAAAUCUAUCGCAAUCUCUUCAGAUCUAUCUAUCUAUCUAUUUAUCUAUCUAUCUAUCUAUCUAA